UUUCUGUUCAUCUGAGUGGCCCACCUUUGGUGUUGGGUGGCCCGCUGAUGGCACUUUUGAUCUGAAUGUUAUUAGGGCAGUUAAACAGAAGAUUUUUGUUCCAGGUACCCAUGGACACCUGGACCAGCAAGCCUAUAUCUGGGUCUGGGAGGACUUGGUGCUAGACCCACCUAAGUGGGUCCGGUCUCUCCAGGCCAACUCAUCUGCACCACCUACUGACCAAGCCCCCCUCCUUCUAACCAAAACCCCUGAACCGCCUAAGUCUUCUCCGUUAACCCCGACACCUGCACCCCUGCCAGAGUCGCAGGCUGACCUCAUUUCUCUUGAUCUAGAUCCCCCGCCGCCCUACAGACCGCCGCCACAGCCAGCUGGGGCAGAAUCCGGACCGGCUCUGGUCUCCCCCUCAGGGCCGGCACAGGGCACCCGGCAAAGGAGGGCAUGCCCUCAUGAUGAGGUCCCACCGGCAGUCACACUGCCCCUGCGCCCCAUUGGGGGAACCAUUGAGGAUGGGGCUGGGGGAGACAUGCCUGCCCUCCAAUAUUGGCCGUUUUCUUCCUCAGAUUUAUAUAAUUGGAAAAAUAAUAAUCCACCCUUUUCUGAAGAUCCCACCCGACUAACCAGGCUCCUCGAGUCCAUUAUGUAUUCCCACCAGCCUACUUGGGACGAUUGUCAGCAACUUCUGGGGGUCCUUUUCACCACAGAAGAAAGGGAAUGCAUCCUCCUAGAAGCUAGGAAGUUGGUCCCUGGACCAGACGGACGGCCAACCCAGCUCCCCAAUCUCAUUGAUGAGCGUUUCCCCUUGAGACGUCCGGCCCGGGACCUGAACACUCCAGAAGGUAGGGAGCAUCUGUCCCUCUAUUGCCAGACUCUAAUGGCGGGUCUCCGUGCAGCGGCCAGAAGGCCCACUAAUUUGGCUAAGGUAGGUGAGGUUCUUCAAGGGCCUGAAGAAACCCCCUCUGCCUUCCUUGAGAGACUCAUGGAGGCAUAUAGAAGGUAUACCCCCUUUGACCCACAGUCAGAGGAAUUGAGGGGAGCAGUAAGCAUGGCCUUUAUAGGACAGUCCGCCACAGAUAUACGGCGGAAGUUGCAGAGAUUAGAUGGAUUGCAAGGGCUGAGCCUGAGAGAUCUGGUUAAAGAGGCAGAGAAGGUCUACUAUAAGCGAGAGACUGUGGAAGAAAAAGAGAUUCGACUGGAAAAAGAAAGAGAGGAAAAAGAAAAACAACGACAAAAACGCCAGAAUCGGGAUUUGACACAGAUUCUUGCAGCCGCGGUAAGAGACGGGCCAGAGCCACGGGGGCGAGGAGGAGGAGGAGGCCGGGGAGGCCGCUCUCCUCUGGGACCAAACCAAUGUGCCUACUGUAAAGAGGAAGGUCAUUGGGCCAGAGAAUGCCCAAAGAAGUCAAAAGGGCGAGGUCGACAGGUCCUUGUCCUUGAAGACUGAGGGAGUCAGGGUUCGGAUCCCCUCCCCGAGCUCCGGGUAACAUUUGAAGUGGAGGGGACCCCAGUGGACUUUGAGGUGGACACAGGGGCAGUCUACUCAGCCAUCCAGCAUCCGCUGGGGCCUCUAUCUACCCGAAAGUCACUGGUUCAAGGAGCGAAUGGAAGCAGAGAGAGACCCUGGACCACCCAGAGAACAGUCAACUUGGGAAAAGGUACUGUACAGCAUUCCUUCCUAGUCCUGCCUGACUGUCCGGCGCCGCUUUUGGGCAGAGACCUCCUGACAAAAUUGGGAGCUCAGAUCUCCUUUACCGCUCAGGGCCCAGAAUUAAAAUUUGCACACCCAAAAGUGGGGGACCUCCAUCUCCUCACAUUAGAACUCCCAGCCACUGAGGAGUAUCGGUUGUAUGGAGCAGCAGCUAAAGCCUCUGUAACUACUGUCUCACUGAACAAUGAGGGAUGGAUCCACAGGUUUCCUAAUGCAUGGGCAGAGACAGGGGGCCUUGGACUGGCUAAAGAACAACCUCUGGUGGUUGUCACCCUUAAGCCCACCGCAGUGCCUGUGCGUGUAAGACAAUACUCGCUCUGUCGAGAAGCCCGGGAAGGCAUAAAACCCCACAUCAGGAGGUUUCUGGAACUGGGCAUUCUGAAACCAUGCCAGUCAGAGUGGAACACUCCACUCCUACCGGUAAAAAAGCCAGGAACAAAUGACUACAGACCGGUCUAGGAUCUGAGGGAAGUAAACUCCCGGGUGAUAGACAUUCACCCUACAGUGCCCAACCCCUACAAUCUCCUGAGUACAUUGCCUCCAGAGCACAAUUGGUACACUGUUCUGGAUUUGAAAGAUGCCUUCUUCUGCCUACCCCUCCACCCAGAUUCCCAAAAGCUCUUUGCUUUUAAAUGGUCAGACCCUGAGGAAGGGAGGACAGGGCAGCUAACAUGAACUAGACUUCCGCAAAGAUUUAAGAACUCCCCAACAAUCUUUGAUGAGGCCCUACACCGAGACCUUCGGAGGUAUCGAGAGACCUCCCCUGAUGUCACUCUCCUCCAGUACAUAGAUGAUUUACUCCUGGCAGCUGAAACUCAGGACACCUGCAAACUUGGGACUGAAAAACUUCUAGAUACUCUGGCUAGCCUGGGGUACAGGGCAUCUGCCAAAAAGGCGCAGAUCUGUAAAAACAAAGUCACCGUCCUUGGUUACUCCUUGGAAGGAGAAAAGAGAUGGCUCACGGAUGCCCGGAAGCAAACCGUGGCCAGCAUACCAACUCCAACAGAUCGCCGGCAGUUACGCGAAUUCCUGAGCGCAGCUGGGUUCUGCAGACUCUGGGUUCCAGGGUUCGCUGCCAUAACAGAGCCUUUCUCUCCCUUAUUAAAAGAAAAGACCCCUUUUGUCUGGCAGGAGGAGCACCAGCUUGCAUUUGAGAAGCUGAAGAAGACACUCCUGUCAGCCCCGGCGCUUGCUCUCCCGGAUGUGAGUAAACCCUUCACCCUGUACUUACAUGAGAAGGGUGGGGUGGCUGUCGGCGUCCUAGUGCAAGCCCUUGGUCCAUGGAAAAGACCGACUGCCUAUCUAUCAAAGCGGCUUGAUCCUGUAGCCAGGGGAUGGCUGACCUGCCUCCGGGCAGUGGCAGCAGCCGCCAUGCUGGUGAGGGACGCAGAUAAAUUAACUCUGGGACAGCAUCUGACUAUUAUAGCUCCCCAUGCAUUGGAGAGCAUUGUCCGCCAGCCGCUGGACCGAUGGCUCAGCAAUGCUCAAGCCACAUACUAUCAGACAACUCUCCUGGACCGGGACCGCAUCACUUUCGGGCCCCCAUCCGUCCUUAACCCAGCCACCCUCCUCCCAGUUGCCCAACAAGAAGAGGUGGGAGAGCCAGUGCAUGACUGUGGUGCCAUCCUGGCAGAGGAAACUGGGGUCCGGACAGAUUUAACAGACCAACCACUGGCCAACCCGGACCUGAUAUGGUAUACGGAUGGCAGCAGUUUCCUAAAUGAGGGGCAGCGGAAGGCGGGAGUGGCAGUGGUGGACAAAAAUAAGGUCAUCUGGUCUAGCAGCCUCCCAGAGGGGACCUCGGCUCAAAAAGUCAAAUUGAUUGCGCUCACCCAAGCCCUCACCAUGGCAGCGGGUAAGCGAGCCACCAUCUACACAGAUAGCCGGUAUGCAUUUGCAACCGCGCAUGUGCAUGGGGCCAUAUACAGGGAGAGGGGACUAUUAACAUCGGCAGGAAAAGAAAUUAAAAAUAAAAAAAAAAUCGAGGCGCUACUAGAUGCCGUCAUGCUGCCUCGUGAGCUGGCCAUCGUACAUUGCCCAGGACACCAGAAGGGCGACUCCCCAGUUGCAGUUGGGAACCGGAGGGCUGACCAAGAAGCAAGGGAGGCAGCUCUCCGAGGCAUCAGGCACCUGACAGUCCAUCUGACACCCCCUAAAAGCCCAGUCUCUGAAGAGCCUCUGGCCCCUGAGACUCUGAAGGACACUUUGGAACGAAUCCACAAGCUGACCCAUCUGGGUAGCCAGAAGUUAGUCCAACUCACAGCAGAGAAUAAAACCCACUGCCCGUCUGAAAGGAAGCGGAUGGCAGAGGAAGUGGUGGCAGGCUGCCAAGCCUGCCAGCAGGUUAAUGCAUACCCUGGUCGGUUGGCUCCUGGAAAGAGACUACGAGGGAGUCGACCAGGCCAACACUGGGAAGUGGACUUUACUGAAAUACGGCCAGCUAAAUAUGGCCUAAGGUAUUUACUGCUGUUUGUAGACACAUUUACAGGAUGGGUGGAGUGCUACCCCACCAAAAAGGAGACUGCAGCUGUGGUUGCCAAGAAAAUUUUGGAGGAAAUCUUCCCAUGAUUCGGACUGCCUCAGGUAAUCGGGUCAGAUAAUGGCCCAGCAUUCGUGGCUCAGACUGCAAGCUUUGGCGGUCGUCCAGCACACCCUGUGGAAACAGUUGUCUGCCGCGUACCAGCCCAGUGGAGAUGGCCCUGCCCACCGGUU